ACACUAGUGAAGAGUAAAGAUAGAUAAAAAAGCUCGAUAAGGUGCCUGUCAUCUUUCCUAAAAACGAAAUCCUAGGGAAGCUAACUUCAUCAUCAUUCAUCAAUCAUCAUAAUUCAAACCCUCAGAGCUCCACAAAUCAAUCAAACCCCCCAUAAAAAUAAAAAAAAAAUCCAAUCCUCAACCGCAACAACCAUGCCCGUUUUCAAAACCCCAUUCAACGGAUACUCCGUAAAAUUCAGCCCAUUCUACGAGUCCCGCCUCGCCGUAGCCACCGCCCAAAACUUCGGCAUCCUCGGCAACGGCCGCGUCCACAUCCUCGACCUCCCUCCCACUCCUUCCUCCCCUUUCGUUGAGCUCGCCUCCUUCGACACCGCCGACGGCGUCUACGACGUCGCCUGGUCCGAGUCCCACGACUCCCUCCUCGUCGCCGCCGUAGCCGACGGCUCUCUCAAGAUCUACGACCUCUCUCUUCCCCCGACCUCCAACCCUAUCCGAUCCCUCCACGAACACUCUCGCGAGGUCCAGUCCGUCGACUACAACCCCGUCCGCCGCGACUCCUUCAUCUCCUCCUCCUGGGACGACUCGAUCAAGCUCUGGACUCUCGAUCGGCCAACCUCGAUUCGUAGCUUCCAAGAACACGCGUACUGCGUUUACGCCGCCGUGUGGAACCCUCGCCACGCCGACGUCUUCGCCUCGGCCUCCGGCGACUGCACGCUGCGCGUGUGGGACGUGCGCGAGCCCGGUUCGACAAUGGUGGUGGCCGCUCACGAGUUUGAGAUUCUGUCUUGCGAUUGGAACAAGUACGACGACUGUGUUAUUGCCACAGCCUCUGUUGACAAGUCUGUUAGGGUUUGGGACAUUCGGACUUACAGGACCCCGUUGGCGGUGCUUAACGGCCAUGGCUACGCCGUCAGGAAGGUGAAAUUCUCGCCUCACAAUCGGAGCUUCUUGAUGUCGUGCUCUUACGACAUGACCGUGUGCGCGUGGGAUUACAUGGUGGAGGACGCGCGCAUUGGGCAGUACGGUCACCACACGGAGUUCGCGGUCGGGGUCGACAUGAGCGUGCUCGUCGAAGGCUUGAUCGCCAGUACCGGUUGGGACGAGCUUGUUUAUGUUUGGCAGUAUGGAACUGACCCCAGAGCUCCCUAAUACAAGGGUUUUGGCUCCUGGUUCACAAUCUCUCGACCCAUGGUCUCUUAGGAAGUCCUUGGAAUAUCAACUAAGCUACAUGUUGGUAAGGCUCACAUUCAUGAUCCAUUCAAUUGAAUGAAAGCUUUUACGAUUAACAAUUUAUUACUUAAUGAUAUUUGGAGAGAUUCCUCAUGACCCUAGCUUGUUGGUUGAGAGUCAAUGCCUGCUGAAGUAUAAUAUUCUAGUUGUUCCUAAAGAAAUGUUGCUGUAUCUUCUUUUGAGUACCCUAGAAAUAAAAAAGAAAAGGAAAGGGAAGAUCUUACAUGCUGUUACUUGGACUGGUUAUGAUAGAUUGAGGUGUAAUUGUGGCGGGUUAAGGUUUACUAGGAUUUGUGGAUCCAGGAUUCAGAGUAGUACAAUUUAGGGCUCAAAAUUGGCUCUAGAGAGUAUUUAGAGUUUUAUGGUCUUGACAGGUAAGAGUAAAGGCUUGACACGGGAUCGUAAGAAAAAAGGAAAAGAGGGAAGUUUAUAGUAUUUGAGUUGUAUGAACAAUACCCAUGGCUAUAAAUAGUACCACGAGAUAGGAAAUAAUA